AUGCAAUUCUCUCUUUCAUUGGGUGCCAUUGUGGCAUCAACAUGUGUUUUGGUCUCUGCUGCUCCUGCUGCUGAGUCUUUGAAAGUCCGAGACGACCUUCGUUUGAUCAAGACCUCAGAAACAGAAUCUGUCUGGGUAACGGAGGAAGAAAAGAUUGACAACUAUGUUACAAAGAACAUCAAGUUUGUUGAUAUAACCGAUAUCAAGGUGUGUAUCGAUUCAUGUCACAUAUCCGCCAAGUUACUAACAUGAAUAUAGGAUCAGGAGGUUCUUGACGCUCUUUCGGGCACUGAAAACGCCUUGGUAUCCGCACAAGCUGUCACCUAUCCCACCAGCUUGGCCCAUGUUACAGAGGCCAACGCUGCGAUUGCGAAGAUUGAUAUCUCGAAGCCAACAGCAUGGCUCACAACAUUCACGAAGUAAGUUCUUAUUCUUUUAGGUUGCAUUAAGUACUUGGAACAUGCUAACAGAACUAAAGCUUCUACACCCGGUACUACAGAAGUGCAACUGGCACUCAAUCUUCUCAGUGGUUGUUUGAUCAAGUCACCAGUAUCGCCCGCGCAAAUUCAGCUAUAACUGUAACAAAGUUCACCCACUCCUUCAACCAGCCUUCCAUAAUUGCCAAGAUCCCCGGAACUACAACUAACUUGGGUAAGAGAUUUCGAUUCCAAGUUUGCAAAACUGUUUCACUAAUUAUGGCCAGUUAUCGUGGGAGCACACCAAGAUUCAGUCGGAUCCACUUCCUCAGGUCGUUCACCCGGUGCUGACGACAACGGAACUGGCACAGUCACUAUUCUUGAGGCCUUCAGAAUUCUUGUCGAAUCUGGGUUCAAGCCAAAGAACACACUUGAGUAAGUUUAAUGUUCAACUUGCAACUCGAUACUCCCAGUCUUACAAGCUGCCUUCUCAAGAAUUCCUCUGACUUCUUAACCAAAUCUAGAUUUCACUGGUAUGCAGGUGAAGAAGGAGGACUGUUGGGAUCUGCGGGUAUCUAUGCCAACUACAAAUCUGCGGCAAAGACAGUUCUCGCUUUCCUCAACCAAGAUAUGACUGGAUACAGUCCAGCUGGAAAGCCGGUUGUGUAUACUGACUACACGAACGCCCCCCUGACCGCUUACCUUCGAUUGAUUGUCGCUCAGUACACUGGCAUUAACCCCUUGACAAGCACCUGUGGUUAUGGAUGUUCCGAUCAUGCUAGCGCAACAUCCAACGGCUUCCGUAAGUCUAACAUGCCCAUGCAAAGAAUAACCCUAACGUCAGAUAGCUGCCGGAUUCGUCCAUGAAGAAAUCUUUGCCACCUCAAACCCAAAGAUUCACAGUGCCAGUGAUGUAAGUCUCUCACCGUGAUAUUAAAAAUGCCUUAGACUAUAUACUGAUAUAUUCACCAGACCCUUGCAUCCGUUCAAUGGCCUUCUGUUUUGAGACAUAUCAAGCUUACUGUUGGAUUCGCAAUUGAGGCUUCAUACCUAUAA